CACACACACAGAGAGGUUGGAGCGUUAAAAAAACCGGCAAAACUAACCCGUUUGGUUGUUCAUUACAGCCACACUUACAGUUUUCCACCACCAUUUUUCGGUGGCUGUUACGUGUGCUGUGAAUGGGCAAAAAAAAAGCAGCAGCAGUAUGUGUGUGUUUUGAUUUGUAAUGGCAUUUUGUGUGUGUUGUGUUUGUUGUGUUCGAUUUUAUUUAAGUCGCAGUUUUAUUGCAGCUCAACGGCAACUCACUCACCGCGUUAGGGGAACCGAGCGGGGCUUUUGCGUAUUAGAAGGCACUUAAAAUGGAGUUGAAUGGGGUUUGAUGGAUGGUAUUACUUUUUUGUUUCUUCUUAAAAAUAGGACAAUGUGUGUUCUUGCUUGAGUAUGAAUGAUAUUGAACACGUGCAUGUAGUUUGAACAUUAUUCCACAUUUAAGUAAUCGUCACACAUCACAUCAAAAGCUGUCUGGAUAUUUAAUGUUUGCAUAUACUGCGCAAUAAGGUACUUCAGUAAUUAACAAAAAACAAACGCUCCAUAAAAAGCGAACGUUAAAGAUCACCUGCGGCUGCUUAACACCUUAAAAGGCCACGAAAAUGGAUGAACCUCGGUCGUGUUUACAGCUGGCGAGGAGAGAUGUGCGCUGCUUUCGAUCGUAGAUUUCUUCUGACCUUAAACUAACCGCUGCCGCUGCAUCAUCGUCAGCAGAGAACGGAGCGGAUGAUGUAAAAAAAACCCCUCCAAAUGGGGACGACGGACGACCGGGGUUGGUGGAAGAAUAAAUUGCGUCUUGCCAUGCUAAUAUUUGGUUGGCAUUAAAAUUCGUAUAAAUAUUAAUGGAUCGCGUGCAGACUGGAGAAGAAGACGCAAUUCUUUUGCUAUCUGUGUGUGUGUGGGAGCUGGGUGGAGGUUGAGUUUGUUUUGAUUUUUGGCACCACGAUUCGCUGAGGUUUUCUUGUGUGUGUGUGUGUGUGUUAGUGAAGAAGCUUAACAUUCUCAGAAGCAAUAUAAAAGCUUUCAAGUGCUCGAAGGGGAUAGGUAGACAUGUUGGGUAGGGAAUGGGGCGGGUCGUCCAUGCUGUUUAUGUAUUGCAGCAUCGCGACCGGGUAACGGUAUCAUCAUCUGUCUGCCAUCAUCAUUCUCUUCCCAUCUCACAAUACCCACGCCGCAUUUGACGGCGUUGAUUUUGUGUAUCAUAAUUUCGACCGGAGCAAUGAAUUGUGCUGUGUAAUUGGCCUUCAACCGGUGGCAUGAUUCUGAUGGGAGAGAAGAAAGUUUGGUGCGACUGCGGGCAGACGGCAGAAGGAAGAGAAAUGUGCAGAGAGGGGCGCAACGCAACGUGGUGAUGAAUUAAUAAAAGCCAACGGCAUCGGAAGAAAUUCUGUACUGCUGCUGCGUCAGUCCCGAACGAUCCCCUCGGUCCCACGGUCACCGAGUUAAAGCGAGUAAAUGCUCAUUCACAGCCGCCGUAGGGGAAGAAGGGUUCAAAAAAGAAGCUGGAAGACACGGGGCAGAAGGUGCUAAAACAAAUACAAUAUAAACACACCACCGACGAACGAAUCAGCAAACGAACGGACCCGGAUGUCGUUCGGUAUGAAUGAUCUGCAUAUAUACUACUGAAGAACAUUUCUGCGGCUCCAGGCAUUUACUGCUAUCUGCCCUCCAGAGAUUGAUCAACAUUUCAUCAUAAAACAUUAAGGCAAAGCGAAAAUCUGUGAUAUUUCCCACUGCUGGGAUCAUCCUCUCCUUUGGGCACGAGCGUGUGCGUGUGUGUCUCUGUGGGACCGACGCACGGUGUGCCUACGGGCAUUAAAACUCCGUCCUAAGAGGGUGCAAAAGGUGCUUCAUCUCCCUGCCAACAAAACUUAAGUUUAGAUUUGAAUUUGCGUUGUACGUGAGAGCGCCCCUGAGAUCGAAAAGCUGGUGGUACGAUCGUGAGAGCAAGACGUGCCGGUGUGACGUACCUGCCACCUAUCAUGUGAGCGCGCAUUAAAACGGGAUAGCGCGUCGUUUGACAGGAUCUGGCAUCCUUCAUUGUGUAUCCGUGUUUCCGGUGACGACAAGCAGGAUGCAAGGAAACACCAAAACAGAUAAUAAUUACACUACACAUGAACCAUCGCAAGUACAAUAAUAAACAACUGAACAAUUUGUAGAAAACCAUUUCUGUGCAAACAGGCAUAAAAAGUGGGGAAGGAGGAGUUUUGACAAACGGAGGCUAAGCAAGGGCAAAAGUGAAACGUAUUCCUUGCACAAAAAUUCUUCCAUUUGGAAAUUGAUUGAAUGUGGAUAGGGUGGAAACAUCUUAGCCCAUGCAAGCCCUACUCAGCAUUACAAUCAAUCAGUGUGUGUGUAAGCGGUCGUAGUGUUUUAGUGUAAAGUGAACUGAUUCUUACAGUUGUGCGAAUGCGGACGUACGUUGGACGAGAUCCUCGCAUUUUAGAACUCUCAUAACUGAUCAGGUCGCUUGUCGUGUGUGCGUGCGUGUGUGUGUGUAUCCAGUGUAUUUGAGCAAUAUUAGGCGGUGAAACCUAUGGUUUAUUUACUGAGUGGUGGAUGCAUGCAUGCGUUAGGAGAGAAAAAGAAACUCAGCUUUAACGAAAAAUUCGUGUUUCAAGCCAUCGGUUAAUAAUGCGUGUGUUAGUGGAUAAGCGUAGAAAGUGAACCAUUCCUAGAAUGGUUGGCAAAAGUGUGCGGCAUUGCGAUAUGUGAAACAAAACAAAACAAACAGAAACAUUGUAGCGCUAAACUGAAUCAAUCUUUCUGCUCCACCGACAAAGAGAACAAGACUGUCCUCUCUCUAGCAUAAGCGCUCAUAUGUUAGCAUGUUCUCGUGAGGUGAUUUAUGGUAGCAAGUCAAACAAAAGUAUAACGUCCUAGACAUAUCCAUAUCUCCCGACUGCUGAAGGUGGAGUUUGAGAGCAGUUUUGCGGGGGGGUACGACAUCGAUUCUCCCAGUGUAUGUUUGCGGAAAGCUGCGUGCUUUUUUAAAAACAUUCCCAACUCGUAACAGUAUUUCACGCAAACACGGGAUAUUAAUAAGCACAAAGCAGGAGGGCACUGUACACUGUGACAGUUUACGGGUUUAGAUCGACUACCGCCGAGGUGCACAAACUGCAGUCGAGUGCAAGAUUGGAGAGAGCGAGGAUUGCAAGCGGUUGCUCGGAAAGGAUAACUAUUCGAGCAACACCUGGACCAAGUGGGGCGGCACCAACAUUCGAGGAAGUCUGAAGUGAUAGCUUUUUAUGUUCGAACACAUUAGUCAAAAGUAGAGGAAAGCAUCGCUCGGUGCUGUUAAAACAACGAGCAUACUAAAUAAUCUCACAGUUUCCGUCAGCUGAUCAGCAGCGCAGAGGCUAAACAUUCGGCAUUGGAGUUAAUUUAUCGACACAAGGUGACAAGAUUUUAGCGUGAUUGCCGGAGCUAACGAAUACGCCAUACGUACACGUUCCCGGCCUGAAAGACGAAGAGAGAACAACGCUGGCCGUUCAUUCAUAGCUCACAUUACGCCGUUACUUUCGUGAGAUGUGAUUUUCUUGAUUACCUGACUAACCGUUAACGUGUUAGCAAUAAUUUUAAAAGUAUUUGUACGACAAGCGAAGGAGUGACGUUAAGGGCAGAGCCAUCGACUCCUUUUCGUAAUCCAAUCAAAGCGAAACUAUCAAAAAAGGGCCAUACACCAGCGAGAAAUUGGUUCUUCAUUUGGACAAUUUGACGAACAAUUUACACGAAGCACAAAGUCGAAACACGAGACGCUGCACGAGACGAAAAUAAUGUUCGAUACUGACCAAACGAUAGAACGUAAGCAAACUCUGGAAUCAUCAUUUGUUACACAGCAUGAGAGCGUGCGAGUGAACCAUUCUUCUUACCAUCACAACAUGUCAACAAAGCAACAGCAGCUACGACACAGUCUUUACACACCAUUUGACGAAUUGCUGCGUUUAACAGAGCGAAUGAGAAUGCUCGAGUCUCAAGGAAGCAGCCGGAUUGGGUCCGGUCGGCUCUGCGGUGGUGGAGAGAGCUCCCUGAACGGAGGUGCCUGGGGCUCGCCGCCGGGUGCAGGGUCUAACGCCGUCGGGGGCGGUGUUUCUGGCUGGAGUGCGACAGCGGUCGGUAGCUCGCAGCAGGCCGCCCAGCAACAGUCGUGGAACAGUGGACAGGCGGGAAUGCCGCCACCUGUUGGUCCGCCGGGCAGUGGUCCGAGACAGGAGCUGCUGGGAAAGUCGGGCGUUGGCAACAGUGGCCCACCAAUGGUUGUCGGCAGCAAUGCAGGAAGCGGACAGAGCGGUACGGGUGGCUGGAAUCAAGUGGUAAAUCCCAACAAGCAGUCCACCUCACAAGCUAUGGGCCAGCAGCAGCAACAGCAGCAGCAACAGCAACAGCAACAAGGUGCAAAUCAGCAGAACUCUGGACCAAACUCUAAUCAAUCUCAGUCCAGCGGCGGAAAUCAGGCCGCCGGAGGUAAUCAAGGUGGAGCUGCUGGCGGAAGUGGCGUAGGAGGUGCUGCAGCUGCUAUGGCUGCAGGUAAUGGAGGCGCAGGUGGUGCCGCGGUUAGCGGUAUGGCGGCCACACCAUCCGCCAAGCUGGAACAUCUGAAUUCGAUGCGCGAGGCGCUGUUCGCGCAAGAUGGCUGGGGCUGUCAGCACGUCAACCAGGACACGCAGUGGGAUGUGCCGAUUUCACCCGAACCGAGUACCAAACCCGAUCCCUCCCUGAAGGCUACGGUCAACAAUGGGACGGAGCUGUGGGAGACCAACUUGCGCAACGGUGGCCAGCCGCCGGUACAGGCGCCGUCACAGAAAACACCUUGGGGCCCGCAAAGCCACCACGGUGGCACUUGGGGCGUGGAUGAUGAGAGCAGCGGUGAGGCAAGCAACGUAUGGACCGGUGCGCCCGGGGCUCCGGGAGGGGCCAGCAUGGUGGCCGGUGCACUGGCCGGAACAGCUGGAGGUCCGCCACCAGUGGGCGGUAAUCCUGGCGCGUUAGUUGCCGGACAGGUGGGACCAGUGGGCAGCGGUAGCGGUGGAAUGUGGCAGGCGGGCGGUGGAGGUCUGCCCGGGGCCGGUGGCGGAAUUGCUCCCCCCAAGAAGGACAAUGAUUGGGGCAGUGGAACGGGAGGUAUUGGAGCGACCGGAGGUGGCGGAAGCGGCGGUUGGGGAGAGCCUCGAGGAAAUGUCGGAGGUGGAGGUGCGGUUGGUGGAGCUGGUGCUCCGAAUACGGGCGUUCCGCCUCACCUGGCAUCGCAGCUAGAAGUAUUACCAAACGUUGACAUUCGAAGCAUGCGUCCGCCAGGGGCUGGCGGGAUCGAUCAAAGCCGCGAAUUCCGUGGCGAUCCGCGUGGCAUCUCUGGUCGGCUGAGCGGAUCUACGACGGGCAUGCUGGACCAUUAUCCGAUGGGCAAGAUGCCUCCACCGGGCGCCAUGUCCUCGGGCGCGUCAGCAAUCGGUGCCGGCGGUAACAACCAGUGGCCUCUUGGUGGUGGAGGUGGUGGUGGUGGUGGCGGCGUCGGCGGAGCAGCCAAUGGAGGCCCAGUGGGUGGGGGUGUUCCAUCUAGUAUGCCUCCCACGAAGUCGGUGUCCGGUGGAUGGGACGAUAACUCUCCGCCGGCUGUACGCCGCAACCCGAACAUUGACGAUGGCACUGCAUUGUGGGCCUCUGGCGGACCAGGCAGUGGUGUUGGUGGUGGUGGUGUUGGUACCGGCCGAGCCACAGGCACUGUAUCCGAUGGUCAAAUGGUCGGCAGAAAUGGUCGCAACGGUCCGUUGGGAGGAAUGAGCUCCGGUCCGAUUGGUGGCGGUCCUUCAGGUGGCCCGGGUGGCCUGGGAGGCGGUCCACGAAUGGUCGGCUCCGGACCGGCCGGCAAUGCGAUGAAAGCGGACAGCAGCAACAUGUGGAUGACGGGACAUGGAGCGGGAGUGGGAGGCUCACGAAACGGUUCCUGGGAUGAUCCCACCAUCGGUGGCACUGGAGGCAACAACUGGGACGAUAAGCCAACCGGCGGAUCAAGCGGCCCGCUCGGCGGUGGUGCCUCGUGGAUGGAUGGACCGGGUACGGCAGCACCCGGUGCUGGCCUUCCUGGCGCUGGCAAUCAAUCGUGGAACGCAAACAAAAAGCCACUCGGUGGAGGCGGCGGCGGUGGAGCCGUGUGGCCCGAUUCAUCGUCCGGCGCCGAUCUGAUCGGAAAUGACUGGGGCGUAGGGGGAGGCAAGAUGACGAACAAACCCCCACACGGACCGCUCGAGAUCAUCCGCAGCAGCAAGCAGUACCGCAUUCUGUGCGAGAUGGGCUACAAGAAGGAAGAUGUGGAGUAUGCACUGCGGGCCGCUAACAUGGCGCUGGAGGAAGCGGUCGAUUUGCUGCAGCGCAAUGGCUCGCUGCCAAAUGUAACCGGUAUGGGCAAUGCUGCCGGCGGAGGAGACUGGAGAAGAGACGAUGCACACGCUCAGCUGGGCGGCGGUGGCACUGGUGGCAGCAACGUUGGAGGGGGUAGUGGAGUCUUUGAACCACCGUUCGGUAAUCGUUACUUGGGAAGCGGUGGCGGCGGUGCAGGAGGAGGAGCUGGCAAUGGUGGCGGUGGCAGCGGACAUUCUUUACAUUUCCAGCAGGGUAAUCAGAAUGGUAUGCCCGGCAGCGGUGCUGGAGGCAUGGGAGGAGCUGGAGGAAAUCCCAACCUGUCUGGAUUGCAUGGUUUGUCGUCCAAGUCGCUUGGCAGCUAUUUGAAUCAGGCUCCUCCACCGAUGACUGGCAUCGGCGGACAGGGCGGCUCCAUGGCUCCGUUCAAUCAAGGCGGAGGAGCGGGUGGUAAUCCGGUCGGCGGUGGUGGUGGUGGCGCCGGUGGACAGAACGCAGUCCAGCCCAAUACGCAACUGCGCUCGCUCGUGCAGCAGAUUCAGAUGGCCGUGCAGACUGGAUACCUGAACCCGCAGAUCCUGAAUCAGCCGCUGGCUCCACAAACUUUCCUGUUGUUGAAUCAGCUGUUGAGCAGCAUUAAGCAACUGCAAGUAACCCAGGGCAACCUGCAGCGUGGCGGCGCCGGCACGAACAACCAGAUAGCCAUGAUUUCCAAGAUCAAGCAGCAGAUAGCUAGUCUGCAGAAUCAAAUCGCCACCCAGCAGACGCUGUACGUAAAGCAGCAGCAGCAGCAGCAGCAACAGCAGCAACAGCAGCAUCCGCAUCAACAACAGCACCAGCAACAUCAGCAGCAGCAUCAGCAACAGCAACAGCAGCAACAACAGCAUCAGCAGCACCAACAUCAGCAGUCCCAUCAUCAGCAUUCGUCCGUCGGCAAUCCAUCGUCCCAUCUUGGCGGAGGACAUCUCGGUGGAAACUUCCAUCGCAACGAUCCCAACGAUCUGAGCGCACUGCAGAACAGUCUGUCAGAAAUGACGCUCGGCAAAGAGCACAACGGUCCGUACCUUUCUGGCCCACCGGGCAGCGGUGGCGGCGCCAGCGGAAUGGGUGGUGGAGCCGGUCCCACUAGCCAGCAGUCGCGACUGAACCAAUGGAAGCUCCCGUCAAUGAUGGAUAAGGACAACAGUCAUGAUUUAACUGAUUUUUCGCGUGCGCCAGGAUCGACAGCGAAAUCGGUUGGGCUCGGUGGCAAUAGCGGCGUGCUCGGUGGAAUACAAACCGAUGGCACAUGGUCAUCGGGUCGCGCCGGUAUGACAGACGGUUGGCCAGAUAAUGCAUCCACCGAUAUUAGUGGUAAGGAUUGGCCAUCCACUCAGGACUCGUUCUCUGACUUGGUCCCGGAAUUCGAACCAGGAAAACCGUGGAAGGGCACUCAAAUGAAAAUAGAAGAAGAUCCGACUAUCACUCCGGGUAGUAUUGCCCGCAGCCCGAUAGCAGCGAUUUCCGUUGGGUCCGCAAAGGAUUCGGAACUGUUUGCGACCAGCAGCAAACCAUCGCCGACGGACUCGAUCAGUCUUUCCUCGUCGACCUGGAGCUUCAAUGCGAGCAGCAGCAAUUAUUCAUCCGCGACAGGGUCUGGCGGUAUGGGUAAGCUCGGCGGACCGUCUAAGAACACCUGGUCCGAUAGUGGUGUCACUGGAGCAGCAGCUGACGUGUGGGGAGCCGGCCUUGGUACUGGUUCCGGAGGGCCAACUGGCAACAGUGCAUCGAAAACACCGCGUGGACCUCCGCCCGGGCUGUCAUCGGGAAAAGUGUCUGGCAGUGGCGGUGUUGGUGGGGGCCCGGGCAGCAACGGAUGGAUGCCAAGAACCAGCCAUGGCCAGGGAGGAAAUUGGUCGGCAGGUGGUGGUGGAGCAUCCGGCUCCUGGUACUCGACCUGGUUGCUGCUGAAGAACCUUACCGCUCAGAUUGAUGGUUCAACGCUGCGAACACUUUGCAUGCAGCAUGGCCCGCUGCAAAACUUCCAUCUGUAUCUAAACCAUGGCAUUGCGCUGUGCAAAUAUUUGACCCGCGAGGAAGCAAACAAAGCUCAGCUAGCUUUGAACAACUGUGUACUGGGCAACACAACCAUCUGUGCCGAAUCGCCCACAGACAGCGAGGUACAGACGAUCUUGCAGCAUUUGGGAUUGCCGGGACAGAAUGGAGGUGGUAGCGCUAGUGGCGGAGGCCAAAGCGCGAGUGCUGGAUCGGGCGGCAUUGGAAACUCGAGCAUGGCUCAGUCGUGGCGCUCUAACGGUCCUAUCACAGGACGUGUCACUGAUACCUGGGGCUCUUCAUGGGCAUCUUCCGGCGGUGGCAGCAACCUGUGGACCCCGUUGGAUGGUCCAACCGAGCGAGGAACUCCAUCGAAUUUGAACUCAUUCCUGCCGGAGAAUUUACUCGUUGGCGAGCUUAACUAAACUGUGACCAGCAACAACACCAGCAAUACGUGGAGCGCCAUUGAAACGUGACAUGCGUUCGGCAUCAGACACGCAGUCACUGUCGUCCAAUCGGCGGGUGCAGAUGGUGGUGUCGGUGGUAAGUUUUUAAUGUGCAAAGUUUUAUGCGGUACAAUCUCCAGACGGAACGUGAGCACGGACGGGUGCCACAUCGCCGAUGGAUGAUCCUAUGAUGGUGUGUGAGGGAGUUAGUUUUAACUUUAUAACGUAAAGCAUUGUGAUGCGCUUCAAGGCGCCACUCAUACAACGGGUGGUUGUACUCAAAACAAUCCACGAGGAAAUAGUGUACGUGUGUGUGUGUGCGUGCAGCAGGGGAGCAUUGGUACCGGUUAUGAAACAUACCGAUGCACCAUAAUCAAACGCUUAGACCAAUCGUGUUAUUCCCGUUACAGACAAAAUAUGGUACAAAUGGUUUUGUUGAAUAAUUUUUAAUUUCUCAUGCCGCUUUUUAUGUAAAAUAGCAAUAAGCAAUGCUUGGCAGUAAGCGAUCAAUGAUGAAUCGUUUAGCAGCAGUAAGCGGAUCUGCACAUCUGCCGAAUACAAAUGAAUGCAAAUAUGAACAGAAAGGAAAAGAAAACCUAUCACAAAGUGCGCUCUGUAGAGCAUUUGAUUAUAUAUAUAUUCGAUAUCGAUAAAUAUUUUAGAAUUCCGAAUCAUCACAAUCAUCUGUGUUGGUAUAGGUGCAGUACAACUGCAACAGUAAUAUUAUUAAAGUGAAAAAAAAACAAAACAAAAAACAAAACAAAAAACGGUUAUUUGGUCGUUUUGUGUGCGAAACAACCUACCUAAGUAGCAAUGAUUAGAUACCGUGCGUUUCAGGUAACCAUAUAAUGCAUAUGAUAUGAUGUAUACUUUAAGGCAACAUAUGAACCUGUUAGUUUACACCGAAGAAAUAGAUGUACUUGUAGGAUUGAGGAGAGUAUUUGCGAAUCUUCAUAAAUUUCCACACAUAGCUAUGAAACAGGAACGUACCGCGUUCCAUAUAUUAUCCGUGUGUGCUAUUAUUGUGAAAGAGUAUCGUAUUGUUUCGUAUUUUUGAAAACUAUUUAUUUUGUUACUGUUUUUAAUUCGAUUGAUUUGAAUUGAUGAAUUUCCGAGCAUUGCGAUGAAUGUUGCACUCACUACUGUGAGGUGAAUUGAUAUACGAAAACGCUUAUGUUUGUAGUGGAAGAAGAAAAGCCCCAACAACUAGCAUCGGAUCUAGUGCAUUUACUUCUACUACUACUACUACUACUUCUAUUGCUACAACUACUAAUACUACAACAACUACUACUAUUACUAUUAGCAAGGAUAGACAAACAGGGAACAAAACUAAAAUCACUGUGAGAAAGAUUACUACAUUGGUAGCACCUGCCUCAGUUGUCAGUUGUUUGAAGGCAGACACACUUGCCUAAGGUGUAGUGCAAAACAAUGUUUGCUAAUGACACAAUCAAAAGUUGAAACAAACAACAAUACACCGGAGAUACACGAGCGAUCUCAACCGUUUAGGGAGGGCUUCCGUGCGUAAUAAGUGAUCGAUUGUAUUACCGUGUGACUGAUCGAACAGUUGAUGCGCAAACGCCAACGAUUAAUUACGCAAACACGUGGCCAAUAGCCAACAAGUCUAUCAGAUUUCCAUGAUUGUAUUCUAAAUUUUCAUUCUGACGAAUGUAAAAGCCAUUAUAUUGAGACGUCCACUUUGUUUGUGCAUUUUGUUCCUGUAUGACUAUAAGAGACAGACUUAACGAUGGCAGAGAUGGCGUCGUAACAGCUGUAGAAAGUAAGGUGAGCGCAAGGGAUGUGGAUCAUUCGCCAGAACAGGUGCUAUCUUCUACUGAUAGUAUAUCAGAAGUAGUCCGAGUGUACUUUAAUGUCGGGAAGGUUGUGAUUUUCUAACCCAGGUGUACGAACAGUGAAGGUAGUGACAAUGAAUCAUUAUACACACACACACAAAGUUAGGUUUAUUUUCCGAACCCCUCUUUUCGUACCUUUACCGGGCACCGAACGUUUGAAUGUGAGAAGCGCUUUUGUGUCACAGUAGAUCUAAUACAUUUUAGUUGAUGAAAAACGAGUGAUGUCACACAAAUCUAUGUCCUAUUACGUGUAAUACUGGUGUCUCCUAUCGCUAUCCUUUUUAAGUUUCAAAGAUAAAGAUAAUAAUCGAUGCUUUGUGCAUUAUUGAACUACGAUAUCAUCUAUCUUAUUAAAUUAUUGUCUGUAGUAUGGGGUUCAUAUGCUCGUGAAUUUAGUUGUUUUAAUAUUUUUAAAACGUUAUCGUUAGGGAUACUUCCUCCUACAACAUUCCUGCGAUAAUGGGUACCAAUUUGAUUUAAAUGUUGUUGUGUUAGGGAUUCAUAUUUUGCGCAUUAAAGUAAAAAUUAGCUUAUUCCCACUUUAUAUGUGAUUAAGUUAUUGCAACACGCACACAUUUACUUUGUUAUUUUCAAUGGAAACAUACCUUCAAACGCACAUUGAAUUUCUUAUGUUCCAGCAGGUCGCCGUCACUGUUGCUACUAAUCAUCGACAUUAAAUGAUAAAUGUAAUGCUUUAUAGCGAUCUACCAACCUACCAACAGAUAUCUACUAUAACUCCAAUGCCAACACGAAAUGGAGUAUGUAUUACACGCACAGCGAGAGAUUAUUGGCAAGCACAAACGAACAAUUAUUGAGUCGUCGAUACGAACGUGAACCGAACCGUUCAUCAGCUUCAAAUCUUUUUUGUGCGUAAGUCAUUAAAAGCAAUAUUUCAUAUUAAGGAAACAGCAUGAAAUCGCACAGCAAAGAAACUCAUCAGUCUAGUGAAAAACAAGUGAUUAUUGAUGUUUUUAGUUUCAUUUUACACAACACCAAACUCCGUGUGUAUGUGUUUGUAUGAGUGCAAUCGAUUGAAAAAAACACGGCUUGUUAGUGUCUAUUCCAAAUGCGUGAGUAGGAAAAUGUAUGUGUGUGUGUUGUGUGUGCAACAGAUUUAGAAAAAAAAGCAGAGAAACAUAUUGGCCAAACAUGUGAUAACGAAAUUAAUGAUUGGUUGUAAACCAAACAUUCAAACAGCCUUCAGCACAGAAUGGUGAACAAAAAGGGGAAAAAAAUGUUUUGAACAAUAACUGAAAUAACACGAAACACUGGUUUGAAUGUGGAAGAAACAAUCGCAUCAGUCAGCUCGAACAUUUUCUCAACAGGUGGAUCGGGGCUAGUGCAUGAAGAACAAAAUUAGCAUUAUUAUUGUAUGUGUCUUUCGUCGUUACCUGUAUGAUGAGCACACACACACACGCACAUAAGCAGGAAAAUGUAACAUUCUUUCAUUGUGUAGAGAGGUAGCAGUAUAUUCCAAUUCUAAGAUUGCCGUACGUCAACCUGCCAAAGCCCAUAGCCUCAGAAAGUUGAAAAAUAUGUUUUGCAUUUCCGACAUUGCAACGGUGCCGGAAAAUGGCCAUUGUGCCGUGCGCCGAUUUAACUGAAGGCUGUCUUUACUAGCGUAAUUGGUGGUAAUGUUUGUAGCUGUGUGUUUGUGCAACAUUGGUGUGGAAGCAUUAUUAGAACGCUUGUUAUCAUGUUUCCUGACUACCGUUUGUUAACGAAAAGCUAUUACAUGGAAACACCAAUGCUCUACAUAUAUGUGAAUGUCUGUGCGAUAUACGAAUAAUGUGUACAAAUGAGUUAGCAAUGGAUUGUGAAAAUGAAACAACAAAAUAUGACAACAAAUGAACCCCCCUCCCCCGCCCUUCCUCUCCGCAGUGAUUGGUGAGGGGAGACAAGAAUAUCCACUUAAAAAGGCGCACAACAUAUUUGCUGUAAUGUACGUGAAGUGAAACCACCAUCAAAUACUUGCAACAAACGAGUGUGUUUGAUAAACUGGAUUUAGUAUUAAGCUAUUGGUGCAAACUUAUAGUAAAACGAUAUCAAAAUAUGUGUGACUGUUUGUGGAGGUGUGAAGAAUGCGGGAGUAUGGAGAAAUUUUAUCUAGAUAUUAUAUGAAAUGAACACAUGAAAGCAUCACAAUGAGUAAGAAUGAGGAAAGGGAACCUAUAUUUUAGUACCUAAGUAUGGAACUAUAUGAGCCCACAAGAGAUACAGACAGAUUCUAUUUAUAUAAAAUCAUUAUCAAUGAUCACAGCACUAGCAGCAAUGCGUUGACCGUGCAAUUUGCGCCAGAAUACACCGAUACAAGGAAAUGACAUGAAUUUAAUCCAUGCUUCUUGAUCGUGCGGAGUAGGGAGAAAUUUUUAAAAUUUAUCACAUUCGUAAUCGCCAAACACAGCGUGGGUGAGCGUGUCGAACGGUGUAUCGAACGAAGUAAUUAUAAUCCCUGCAGUAAUUGUAAUUGAUGAAUUAAAUGAUGAAAAUGUACUGUACCACAACUAUGAAAUACUCAAAUGAUUAAAACAAUCACGUAAAGAGGGAAGAUAGAAGUAAUGAAGAUAAAUGAUCGAAAUUUGAUAUAAUUCAAAGACACAGCAAGGGUGUACGCAUAACUGAAAACAAGCAGAAGGAGAAGAUAAAUAGCAACUGUGCGUACAUGAUGAUGAUAGCGUAGCAAUGUGCGAUUUGAAUGGCAAUGAAGCAUGGAUUGGCACAGAAUUAUGACAAUAUAUUUAAAGCUGCAGAAUUCAGAUAAAAAUCAGUUAUUAAUGUUGAUGAAUUCAUGAAUUUGGCUAUGAUUCGUUGUGUAGUAGGGUAAAUUGUAGUGAGGUUGAGGGGUUUUGAGGUUCCGCUCUAGUAGCAUGGAAUUUCAUCAGACUAAAGCAAAGUUAGCAGACGUAUCAGCCUCAGCUUUAUGCAUGUGUUAUACCGUUCAAUUCCGAUUUGCUAGAGCCAAGGCGCUUCAAAUGACCCUCAUCUCAUUUUUAAUAGUAAAUGAGUAUCUGAUUAUCAGCGUUGGCAUAUUUAUUACAUGACCUGCAAUAACGAUUUAUUCGUAAAACGCUACCUGAUCACAUCAGCGGAAUAUUGAGGACUUACGUACUCAACGGCAAACAGCGGAUUGUUGUUAGUUGAUUACAGUUUGCGAACAAUUUGUAAAAUGUGAAAGGUUGCGUUUCAAACUGUGCAACAAAAUAAUGCAACCGUUUACGCUAGUCACAAACCGCCACACUCAAAAACAUUCGAAAACAAUUAAUCACAAAAUAGCUAAUUGUACGAAAUAGACAAAGCCAAGCUUUUGAUAUGAAAGUUAAGUAAUCAUCACGAUGAAAAAUAAAAUCAGAUGGAACUUUGACAAAAUAAACCAUAACACGAAAGCAUAAAUUGCAGCAAUACCACCUCAUGUAAUAGAUUAUAGCAGGUGUGAAAGUGAAGAUAACAAAAAAUCGAUAAACAAAUCGAAUCGUUUUGUGUUUCUGGCUCUGUCCAAACAUAAUCCCCAAAACAUACCUGCAAGAACGCAGACAAAACGGAACUAUAAUAAGUGUACUUUUAUCAUCAUCCUUCUCUGUGUGAAGUGUUUGUUUGUUCUAAUCAUCUCUCGUCAAACUACUACUACUACUACUAGUACUACCAAACCCUAAUGUGUUUUAAACCUUUCAUGGUGAAUGUUUUGCCAAGAGAGGUAUACCAGAAAAUGCGUUCAAAAACGUUGUGCUUUCAGGGGUUGAUGGAACAUUUCACUUGAUAAAAAGACUACACACGGUAAAACGUCACAAAACGAACAUAAUAUUGAAAGUAAUCAAUGCAAAGGUGCUCUUUCUAACGUAAUAAAUAAUAGGAUAAAAUGAAUAUUAUAACUAAAAAAACACACACACUCACAAUUGUGACUGUCGUCGACUUUCGAUAUUGAUGAGUAAGGGCGGUGCUGUCACGGCGGGUUUAUAAAAAAAGUCGUGAGAUCAAGCAAAAGCAUCAUCAUCCAGCACAUGGAAACUCAAAAGUCAAACCAAACACUGCUGAUUAAAGGAUAGCAGCAGCAUCAGGAGAGAGAAUAUUAGUAAGCUAAGGUGUACACCACGAUGCCACAUAAUAGAUGGAGUAUGAUAAUUAUUUGAUAACCAGUACAUUCUAACCGCCGCCGACGUGUGUAGUGUGUGAUCGACUAAUGUAACAUAAUUGCAGAAACCAUGAAUGUAUUUUAAUGCGAUAUUGUGUGAGACGCCGAUGCACGGAAUCUGCCGAAUUGUAGUAAUGUAAGAACAUAUUUGCGCAAUUACAUGUAUAAGACAUUGCAUUAUCAUCAUAUAUACAUAUAAUAUAUUCAACUAUUCAACCCACUACCAUGAGGAGUAAAACAAGUAAACUAAACAAACAUAGUUAAAUCAAAAAAAUGUGACAUGCCAUAAACUCCAAAAACAAAACAAAAAAAAAAAACGAAGAAAAAAGUAGUGGAAGUUAAAUGUUCAGAUAUAGUUCAUCCCUUAAAAUGCAAUGUUCUAGAGAUUUUAUUCCAAAUCGACUAUAAAAUGCAGCUAGCUGGCAUAAUGAAGGCCUAAGAAUGUAUGAGAAAACAGUAAACUCUGUGGAUGGAGAUGAAAUGACCAAAAUUACACAAACAGAAAUGUAUUUCGCCAAACGCAAUUAGAUAACCUUGUCAAGUAAAUAUUAGGUGUAUAAUGAAGUGCGUUUUAGAAGGCUCAAUAUGAAUGCAAAAGUAGCGAGGAGCGAGGAGAUAAUAACAAAACUCCGGUACAUAACAUACCUUCCAUUGCGGAGUGCGGAUGCGACGAAUCUUAAAACCUGCUGCUACACUACAGGAGGCUCAUAAAGAAAAAAGCUGUAGUGCAUGUUGAACAAGUAACAGAAGAGUAGUAUUUGCGAAAAACCCUACAAAACCGUUGGUGUGUUUUCGGUAUCCUGCAUUCUGCAGACGGAAUGGCUUGUAUAAGGCUGUGCUCUGGCGUGUUGGAUGUAACUAAUAUAUUGAAUUAUCCAUACCACGCGCACAUGUUUUCUUUCCUUUAUGAAUUUAGGUUGUUAUAGAACCGAUUCUCCUUUACAGCACUACUGCUGCUAUUAGUUCCUUAUAAUUGUUUCGAUCUACAGAAUCACUUAUUCCUCAUAACAUUUAAGGAAUCGGCACGUGAGGAAUGCAUAGAAAUAAAGCAUAAAAUGCCAUAUUUUGCAUAAUCAACAAAUAAGAGAUCGUUAGGUAAUCAUUACUACUCAUCGAUAACUGUAUAACUCAACGCUCUACGUGUCUAUGUGUGCUUUCACCCUUCCAUUGAAUGUGUAGCUUCAGAAUAUCGAUGUAUCUUCCAAGCUCAAAAUAUGUUAGCCAACCAGCGUACGAUUUCUCUCCACUCGAGGUAAAAAUUAAAAAAAGGUCAGCUAUUAAUGGCCACGUGUUUGUUCGCAACUAGUUCUUUCCGAAUGAUUCUCUUGCGUCUGUGAAAAUUAUAACGCCUUCUUAACGUACUUAUAAUAUACUAAAAAUAACGGUCAAGCGAUAAUCAAAAGCCCCCGAGAGCAGUAAGACCGUAGGAUGGUGUAUUUCGAAAUAGGUGUGGACCCAAUUUUCAUUUCUUGUACGAAUGUAACGCUUUUGGCUAUUCGCUUUAACGCGUAACAUUUGAGGAAAGGUUCAUUUUUUUACGAAGUAGAUCUCUUGUGCGAGAAAUGUGUCUAUACUUUUUUAUAAAAUAGUUUUUGCUUUUUUUAAAGUUUUAAACCCACUCUCAAUACAAAUCGUUUAUAUUAUUUCUGUGCAAUACAAACAUGACCGCUUUUAAGGUUAAAUUUAAACACAGCAGAAAGGAAACGGCUUUGUUGCAAACGUGAUUUAAUGGCAGUUUAAAACUUUACAUUUUACGGGUUAAUUAUGUGAUGAUCGUAAACGAUCUACCACACACACUGCACACUUAGAGAUGCUAAUAUCGAGUGAUUCCGAUUCAGUUUAUUUAUGUAUCAGCAACUUUUAAAAAGCAUGAUAGUGGUUGAUAGUGGUAACUGUCUUCCAGCGAAUGGGGCGAGCAUAGAAAGAAGAUAGGUGCAGUUUACUAUUUUCGAUCAUUUAAUUUACACUAUUUUGGUUCUGUACAAGCUUCGUAGCAUUUGAGUGGGUCAUCUAACAGAGCCCGGUAACUGGGCGGGAAUUGUUAUGAAAACCAAUUAAUUUGAUCCUUAGUACCACCUAACUCUACCUGGAACACGGGCCGCUAGGGUUUACUUAUUGCAGAGCCGUGUGUUUGAAGAAGACAGACAGUGCCUUAAAAACUGCCACCCGGACGAAAGACAUUGCCAAGGUUGGACAAUUCACGUCCAUGUAAGGAUGCUGAUGCAUUGCUCGUGCAUUGCAUAGAGCUAACCAAUGAAGAUGUACCACAAGAUAGUAAAAUCAAAUACCUUUACGUUCGUUCGGCGCGAGGCAGAGGAGGCUUACCAAUUGGAGCAAAUUCUACGAGAGCUUACAGUGUUAACCAAAACCUGUAGAGUGAUAGGGAGAAAAUAGGAGAAUCUUUUGAGUAGAUGUGAAAUGUUUGCAUUUAAUGUUUUAGGAGAAAUUUCCAGCGAAACAAAAACUAUAAGGAAACUAGAUUAAAGUUUAAGUAAAAGCGACAGUGAUCCACGAAUGAUCAAGAGUAUGUGUCUUCUGUCGUGAUCGUUAUUCUAGUAUUAUUAUCAGACAAAUGGUAGAUGAAACAAAAAACGUAGCACGUAACAUUUGCUCUUAUGGAAAAGCCAAUCCCAUUUAAUGUAACAAACUUUAUAACGUGUGUGCAAUAUUCUGUAAAUCGUAUUGCAAUUCUAUGCCACCAAUAUUUUUAGCUCCAAAAAUUACCUGCAUUUGAUAUCUCAGUGCUUAUUUUUUUUUUUUUGUAAAUUCGCUAAGCGAAUGUGUUUGUUUUGAACAAGUUUUGUUACACAAUUACACCAUGUGUGCGCGUGGAUGGUAGGGAAAGUUUUAACCUGGAAACAAGAAAACAAUGAUCAAAAGGACGGCAGGAUGGAUAAGCCAACAACACACCAGUGGUUUAGUCGGAUAAGGCAACUAUCUCUUCAUUGUGAUGUAUGUUCCUUAUCCUUGUAGCGAAGCAGCAGAACAGUAAGCUGUCAGAAACGAAGCAAAAGUAUCUUCUCCCUCAAGCGUGCUCCGAUGGAGCCAGAAAUUCAACAGUGAAGCCAAAGAAUUCUCCUUAUCGAAUGAAACGGAAACUUUAGCAAGGUGCCGAAGCAUCCGAUCGUAUCCUGCGGGCGAUGAUCAUCAGCAAAUCUACGUCAGACACAUAUCAUCGUCAAGCAAAUCAAUCAAUAGCGCGAUUGUUUCUGUUCGCUCUACGCGGACUCUAGUACUAGGUCCAACGGUUUUGGUUGUGCAAACGAAACGAAUGGACGAAUAUCACGAUCGCAAAGCCUCUUCGCUGGUUAGCAAUGAAGCGUGCCAAGAACAAUGGUCAGUACAGGGUACAACGCCACGCGAGGAAGAAGCACUGGCAGUGUGCAGCAGUGAAGUUGAUGUUUCUCUCCAAUGUGUCGAAUCUUGUGCGUCCUGCACUAUUUUAACUCAGUUGCAACUCGAUCGACACAUCGGACGGCGGGGCGAUAGAGAGAGCGUAUACGACGAAUGCAACAAGGCUAUUCUCUAAAGUACAAAACCAACUUCUUUGGUAGCUUUUCGUUAAAGAUUGGCACGGAAGAUAUCAGUACCGAGGAUAAAGAAACUAACUGCUAGCACCAUAUGAUUGAUGCAUUCCAUGCUCAUGAAUCAGUGAGACACAAACAGAUAUCGAAAUGCCAACGGAAGCUGAGCCCGGUUUCGUACCAAGCAUCCAUGCUUUACAUCCCCGCUCUCAUGUGCCACCAGUCAGUCUACAGGACAUAACCAGAAGAGAUGUUGCGCUGAUUGUUGACAUAAUUCAUCAUUAGCAUUGGUACAAGUGUUAGUCGGACAUCAGGUGUAUGAUGUGCCGUGUGUCACGCAACCCCAAACGCUGCAUUAACGUAUCGAAAGCAACACAUUGAAGUACCUGUGUGAGUGACGUGAAAGCCGGAAAUGAGUUGCAGGCCUUGCCCUAAAAGAAGAAUUGCAAGUUGAUGUAAGAAGACGUGAUGAAAGCUUCUUAUCGUUGCAAUGGAACAUGGCCUGUUGCUAUCGAGUUCAAUAUUCCUUUAAGGCUUAUAUCCUGACUCUGACUUAUCAAAACCUAGAGUAUUACCGGUACUACCAAAAUUAAACACAAAGCUCACCCCCCCCCUCCUGCAGAGGAAAACAAAGAAGCAGUAGAGAGUGACGAAAUAAGGUGCUAAGAGAAAACAAAAGUAAGGCAAGGGAAAGGAACAGUGACAUACAAUACAAGAAACUGAACACAAAUAAUGCAAUUUGAUAAAGAAAGAAAGCCUAUAAACCGUAGUAAUUAUGUUUUAACACUGAGCGUAAGGAGCACAGCUGCUGGGGACAAACCGCAGCCUCAUCAAGUGUGUCGCAGUGUAUGGUUGAGAAAGUUUCUAAUUAGGAAACAAUUAUUUACCUUGACGGAAAGGAGAAAAUCAACAUAAGUAUUUUUCUUUCACGCAGAACAUCACUAACUAGCUCCUAAGGUAAAUCAAUACGUACCAAAAGAACUAUCAAACAUGCGAAUUGCGAAUGAAUGAUUUAUUCAAAGCAAACAGCAGUAUACUCUGGUGCAAGAAAGAAAAUUGCAAAAAAAUCUUAAACAAGCAAACAGAAAUAAUGAGGCUACAUACAGAUAUGAACGAGGUUAUAAUAACUUAAUAAUAAUCAUGCGGCAGCGGUGUGAAUGGCAGUGGUAAAGGGCCAAAGCGCAAAACACAGGGUUCAAAUGAGACAAGCAAACACAAACUGCAAUCUAACAGCGGAUCAAUUAUAUACUGCGGAAAACACGGCUCUGAUGAACAAACUUACACAGACACACGCAUAUAAGCAUGCAUCAUAAAUUCACAAACCUCUCCUAAUUACCUAAUACAUUGUAUAUUAAAUGAAACAGCAUUAAAAAAAAAACUUAAACCCUUAAAACCCAACAACCAACCAAUGCGGAACAACAACCAAACCAAUGAGAGGAGAGACUUUCUCGGGAUUUGGCUGUGCACAAAAAAAGAGUAAAAUAGGACCGCAAUACAAAUGCAAAGAAUGGAAAAAAGAGACACAUUUGCGCAGUCAUUUGACCAUCACGGCGGUUAACGAUGGUGCUUAAACAACACAAAUUAGAAGCAACACACUAUGACCAAGCGCACGUGUAAAGCAGAUAUCGGGACGAUAAAGCGCCACAAUGAAUGCAGUUAUUGCACCUACUACUACUAAGCUUAGUACACCCAAUGUGUGUUGGAGUUAGUUACGUUACGAUGGUACAACACACAUACCGACUUCCACACAGACUGGAACCACAAAACACAAAACAUUGGAUAUAAACAUAAUGAAAGCGGGCAAUGAAACUUGUGCAACAAAACGACGAAUACCACCUACAAUAAAUAACACAAAAAUAUAUGGAAAAUAAGCAAGCUCGAUAAUUCUAUCGAUGCAAGAAUCAGUAUUUUCUAUAAGAAAAUGUUUAAGAAAACAAAACAGAAGGAGAAAAAAAUAUGUUAAAAUGUAAUUGUUUUAAACUAAUGCCUCAUAACGACAAAAAAGUACGUGAGAAACAAAACACUCGAGUGUAACAAGUGUGCGUGUGUGUAUGCUUUCGAUCUGUGUAAUAAGACAAGGAAACGGACAAGGAUAAUUAGCAAAAAGAGAGAUAACAAAGCAUGUUAGACGAUUGAGCGGUAGAAUUUUGAAAGCAAGAAUGAAUUUGAGUUCUUAAGGUGUGCGUUGCUCAAUCGGAAGAAGCCUUAAUGUCACCAAAACACACGGUUGAAUGGAAGACGAUAUUCUGUUGAUCGUUUGUAGUGUGAAAAGAUUAACCGCAAAUGGAAAGCACAUGACGACGAUAUGAGAAAAGGGUUGCGUCAAGAUUAAGUAGCUUUAGGAUUAUCUCUCUGUUAUAUGUUUUAUUGCAAUUAUACUGAUUUUGUAAGGCUGUCUAAGUUUAGAGUUGUUUUGUUGGUAGGAAAAUAAAAAUCAAGCAGCAGGAGGUAGAUAAAUGAAUUGGUUUUGUGAAAUGUGAGACAUUCAAAGGAAAGUGCAAUUAUUUUACAUUCCGCGUACAUCACAACAGUGAGAACUAUUUUACGUCAUGAAAUGGGAAUUAAAUAUUAUUUUUUAGUUUUCCUACCAAUUGGACUAAAACAAACACUGCUAGUAGAGGACGCUGGUUGAGUUUUUGCGGAAUAGAAAAAAAAAAUAUCUUCGUUCAGUGACCAAGCCGCGUAUACCAUUGCGUCUGAGAAGUGAUAUGAGACUGAUUUGUGGAUCGUGCUGAGGAGAAGAAGAAUUAAUCCGUUGCAAGAGACAGCAUAAACGAGAGAAAAACUUAAUAAAACCAACCAAACCCAGCAGUGGUAUGUGUAUAACAUUAGAAAAACAAACUAAAUAUCUGAUUGAAAAGCCAUCCAUAAAGAGUAGAUUUUGAUCGUUGAAUGUUCCAACGAUCGUGCGAUCGCGAAUAAAUAAAACAAUAAUCGAAGAACCGAGCAGGAGUCGUGCAGAAUCCUUCUCGUGCGCGAGAAAUUAAAUCAAUAAUUUUAUGUGGUGAAACAAAGUGUGAAGAACAAAAUGAUAGAUGAAUCGAUAUCAACCGUAGCAAACCGCAGUAGUGUGUAGUGUGUGGGUGUGUGUGGGUGUGUGUGUUUGUGUGCUUGAUCGUACAAGAGUUGAUGUGAGAGAAUAAGCUUACCGUGAAGCUUCCAACUAAAGAGAGGAAAGGAAAGAAGACACAAAAAGAGUAGCAAAUUAAGUCCUUGUUGAUAAGGAAUAUAGUAAAUAGUAAACACAACACUACAUUGGUAGAGGAGACAGCUGGCGGCUGGCAGCUGGAUUCUUGUGACAUUUUGUUUAUAUAAGAAUUACAAUUAAGAGAAAUAUCUUACACUAAGCGGGACACAGUAGUUUGUAGGAAUGGAACCAAACGUGUACUGACAAACAGGGAGCGCACGCGUAGGGAGCGGGCUUGGAAGAUUAUUAGUUUUUGAUUUGCCUUCAACCAAUAACGAGCCGACGACAUCCCCAGGAAGCCUUAGCGAUCUGGGUUGGACCGCUCACCUGGAGAGAAACAGCACUAAAAUAAAGAAAACUACUAAAUAACUAGAUAAAUGACAUGUGUGUGUUGAUGCUAAACUUUAACCUGGACGACGGCGUAUGGUCACGUACCCGAGCCUGGUGUCGCUAACUUAAAAUCACCAAAUAAAGCCACAAACAGGGCUUAAUUAGUAUUGCCGAAUGGUGCAUUCUAGCGCGUUAAUGUUACAAAUCCUGGAGAAAAGAAAAAUGAACGCGCUAGAGUAUAAAUAUGUGAAAAUGUUCCUUGUUUUUAUAGCGUUUUGAACUACCACACAAUACCAAACAUCUAAACACUAAAUGAAUACCGGAAAAGGGAAUAACUUAAAUAAUUCAAAAUAGAUGAACUCAAAUAUAUAACAACAAUGAGAAGCUAAAAGUCGAGAAAACACAAUACAAUAAGAAAUUCUAAACAUUAGCUGAGUAAAUCAAUGUCAGUUGAGUUCCGGAUGUGCGUUAAGUGUGCUCAUUUUCGUUCAACAGAAUGGUCGAUGUGUUUGAGCUUUAAAUUACCCAUGGAAAUUAAGAGUAAAAAAACCCAGCAUCAUACGGUUUGAACAGUAGCAGAGCAUCCCUCCCUCCUGUAUUGUGAAAUGUUUGGCAAAAAAAAGAAGUUAAUUUCGUACAAAUGCUUAACUUUUAAAUGACCAAAUGUGUUUAGAUCGAAACGUGGGAGAGCUCGAGCAGCUUUGGUAGCUGCUGCAAAAUGUGUGCCAAAAGUGAAAUCAAAAUUCUACCGAUCGGUCACCAGGUUUUACUUGACUCCAAGAUCUCCCCACACAGCAAAACGAUAGGGGCUAACGCUAACGGCUACUGAACUGUAAAUGGUUGAUGUCCUAUCAAACAGGGCCACCAAAAUCCUACACUUUCCAGCCCCCCCCCCCCCCCCCCCCCCCCCUUUAUCCUAGUCGCUACUCUAAAAUCAAUCACAUCCGAUAAUCAAACUCAUACAUACCUCUCCAGCGAUGCUUCGAAAAGCAAAUAAAGACUACGCAAAAGCAAUAGCCAGCAACUCCGCAGUGGAGCGGCUUAUAAUAUGGAACCACCUACUACUACUGCGCUUUACCAGUGGGAAGCUGUAAGCUAGUCAAAAUUUGUCAAAUUAGUAUAAAAAACAGUUACUAAGCAGCUGCUUUUUGUGAAGAAGGCUUAUGGUUUUGUUACAAAUUAUCAUCCCAAUGUCAGAGCGUUAAUAUAUUCCACGUGAUUUUUGUUUUUGUUCAACAUGACAAUUUGGAUUUGUGAGGUAACACCAUCCCGCUCCAUACAAGCAUUUUACCAUAUGAUAACAGUUCGUUAAGCGGAAUACUAUAUUAUUGUCACUCCUUAAGCUUUUCAGAAAAGCAUCAAAACGUACACAAAAACGGCAUACGAGAAGAAAAAAUGGUAAUGAGGGCGAUUCAGUGUUUCAGCUUCAGCUUUAAUAAUACAAAGACUUGAUCUUACCCUUAAAUCCUCUUACCUUUUUCAUAACUUUUUAUCUGUCCUGUGUGUUUAUAUAUAUGUAGUAAAGAGAAGGCAAACAACAAAAAAGAUUAAAAAAGAUACUACAAAAAAAAAGCAAAACAGAAAACUGCACAAAAACAUGAUGAAACAACUACACGUGAAUGUUUCUCGGUGUGUGUUCUAUUCUUUAGAGAUUCAGCGUAAUUAUGUGAACCAAGCCGACCCACGCACAGGGACGCACAGGUGUGGAGAAGGAGACGAAGAUUUGCCUAGUAGUGGUAGCAGUAAUAUGAAUGUGAACAAUUUUUAGGUGUCGUAGUUGAUAGUUUUUCUUCUCUUUGUUCGAAAAUACAAGCAAGCAAGCAAACAAACAAACAAACAAACAAACAAACAAACAAAUAAACAAACAAAUAAACAAACAGUUUACAAACAUUGCGCCCACCACCUUUCCUCAAAACUGUUGGAUCAAUCAAAUCGAUGUCGUCGUCGUACUUUUAUAAUAUUGAAUGCAUAAGAUCGUAGUACACGGUAGUGUAACGUGUUACAGAAAAAAACAACAAUACAAAACAAGCCAAUGUACUAUGUAAGCAUGUGAAGCAACGCGUGUAGCACAAACAGUAACAGCGGAAAUAUAGGAUGCAAGAGGAAAGAAAGAAAGAAAGAAAAAACGUUUUACAAACCAAACAAAUCGAUGGAAAAGUAUAUAUACUGAUACCUUUAAGUGUAUUUCAGCCUUCCUCUUGUUGGAACAAAUUCCUAGAUAAAAUACAUCAAUAAGGCAGACAAACGACGCAAGUGAUAAAUAAUUGUGAAUCAUAUUAAAUAUAUAUAUAUAUAUACUAUAUAUACAUACAAACAACAAGUCUAUCUAUAAAUGUGUGAACUAAUCUAAACCAUAGUGUGUAAAGAACCUGGAGGGAGAAUCAAACUUCCCUUCCCUGGUUCAAAUCUUUCACUCUUCGUGGCAUCGAUGUCAGUUUUUUCGCAAUAUCUUCUCACAUAGCAAAAUGAGCAAAAAACGGAAACGAAACUUACUAAGAACAAAACCAAACCAUUAUCUUUCGAAUCUAUUUUUGUAUUCCUUACUAAAUGUAAUAUCAUCAUUAUACAAACACAACAUCCUAAAUAUAUAUAUACAUAUAAAUAUACAUAUACAAUUGAUUUUUUCAAUACAUGAAACAAACAAGCUAGCAUGAAACAACUUGAAUACAAACAGGAGGAUAACAGGAUCCAACCAACGCGUUAACGCGGACCAGCAACGAACACGACACCGGGGGUGCGGUGUGCCCCUCCAGCAUCGGAGCAGUCCGGAUGUGGCCUCCAGCCGCCCAAACACUUUCUCUCUCUAUGUCAUCUCGUAUCACAAAGAACUAUAAAACAUCCGAUAUUUAUGUAUGUGUUCUUCGCGUACUGAGUCAAGUUUGGUAGCUUCUCAAUUCUGGGUAGAAAAGGCAGGAGCGAAUGUAUCACAGUCGAAUUUGUAAGUCGAAUGGACGCAAUAAACAGAACAAUACUCUGUAAAUGAAUUUCGCGACGAAAAAAAAACCAAACGCAGCAACAAUAAAACUUUGCAACCAAUAAACAUGUUUGAAAGAGGGAGGGUGGAGUUUGGUGCAGAGAUUUUUAACAAACUUGAGAGAAAAACAAUCAACAAAAAGAACAACCACACAACACAACUAUAAAAAUGGGUUAUAAUCAAGAAAUCGGAAGGACACUAGGAAGGAGAUAACAUCCUAAUUGAGUGAAGCGAAUCCAUUACGAAUCAAACAAAAAGCAAAUAAAAUGAAUGUGACACCGAAACAUGCAAAGAUUGAAGUUAAACAAACAGAAACCUUAUCUUACGAGAGAAACAAAAUAUGUAUGGAUGUAUUGUGCAUGUAAACAUUCACAGCAAAUCUUUCAAAAAAUGCGAUAAAUGUGACCAAUCAAAAUGAGAUAAGUUAAGUAAAAACUACUUUAGCAAGUGGCGGUAAUAUAUUAUACAAACAAUAUUGAAUACGCGGUAAUCAAUGGUAAUAAUAGAGCGGUGGUGGAGCUAGAACCACACGAGCCAGAAAGGAAACGACAAAGAUGAAUAAACAUGAUAACUUAAGCCACCCACAAUACACACUAACGGAAGAAGAGACAAACAAACACAUUACAAGAUUCGCAAGAAGAGGAAGUUAAGCUAGAUAAUAAGGGCACACGCUGAAUAGAUUGAACAAUACAAAUAAAUAUACAUAUAUUUUUUCUUAUUUUACAACAAAAUAAUGGUGGUGUGUUUGGUGUGAGAACGGUGCCGGCAGCAGAAACCCUAAAUAAACACUUAAAUAAUAUAUACGACUAGAAAGAAGAGAGCAGCAGGAGCGUCGAAGCGACUGACUGAUGUGAAUGCAAAAGAUAAACUUUAACCCGAACAGUAGGGAUUGCAGCAGAGAACUAAAAUGAAACUAUAAAACAAAAAACAAAAUAUUGUAAGAAAAUAUGUUUGCAACAGCAAUAGAAAGAUACCGGUAGACAAGAAAGCAAGACGAAGCGCAGGACACAAACACGCAAAACAAAACCCACAAAAACUCUGAGUAAUAUGAAAAAACGCUUUAAUGUAUUGAGUCGAUAAGUGGGCAGAACGGAAAGGGGGAGGAGGGCAGACUGUGGACGAAUGCAAAUGCGGUUUAUAAUCUUAUUUCCAUAUUCUUGCCAUUCAAACCAGAAAGGGGAACUGUAUUACUGAGGCAUAACGCAUGAGUGAUACUCAUUUACAAGGGAAAACAUUACAUUUAAAUACCGUAACUAAGUAUGUAAACUAUAUAUAAAACAAAGGCUGGUUGGACGUGUGCGGAAGCAGUGGAGAAGCAGCAGUGUGUGUGGUAUGAGAGAAUCUGUGUUCAUUACGAAAGAUCGCAGCAUUACCAAACGUUGGAUCUGGAAAGAUUGUAUGUGAUUGCGAUUGUGAAUGGGGGAUUUGUGCAAGAGUGUAGCGGCAAUGGAAUGCAAUGGAUUGAUAAAAACAACGUGAUUAGUUAACCAAAAUCCAAGCAUUCGAUGCACGCGUAGUAUGAAUACGCGUAUGAUACGGAUAUUACGAGCAAUGAAUAGCACAGGGAAGGACGUGUGGAGAAAGAUGUGGAAGAGAGAUAGAUCGAGCGAGGCAUAAAAGUAAUAAAUAAAUAGUGAAAUAGUCAUGUGAUGUGUAUUUGAUAUAGAGAGAGUUACAAAAUGAAAGUAAGACAUAACUAUAAACAAAUGAUUUAACAUAACAGUAACCAAUUCACAUUUACAAAACGAUAAAUUCCGCGUUAGUAAUCGAUGGCAAACAAAGCAAACUGUAGAACUGUACUCGGAAGAAGCAAAGGUGCAACAAAGUCAAACAAGAAUAAACAAACACACAUACACACACACUCACACGCACAUAAUGCAAUAUGAAACAACAACACAAACCACAGUUGGUAGAACCUUCGCCACCGAUCCAUUUUUCACUAUCCUUGAAACAAAUACGGGGGUUCUGUGUUGAGAAUGAAAUGUUGAAAGACAAAACCAAGCGCGCAUACGCACUAAAGAGUGUAACAAACACAUAGCAUAAAAAAGCUCGUGUGACGCGUGCUCUCUAGGGAGAAGAAGACGCCGGGCAACAAAACAUUUAAAUAACUAAAUAAUAAGUUGCACACGUGAGACGUGAGAGGGGGAGAUUGGGGGAGGAAAACAAACCCCCCUACAAACCACAACAAAUGAAACUAGUGAAUAGUUGUGAGCAAAAAACAAGCAAAAAUAUCAAUGUAACCGUAAUUGUACUCGUUGAUUGACAAAUAAAGCAUAUUAAACCAA